AUGUCCCGCGCCGAUAAUGAUCUCAAAGUGGCGAAGCAGGCUCGCGCUGCCCACGCACGUACCGGCUUAGCUGCGGCCAAAGCGAAACGCGACAAGCUCAAGGCCGCCAAGCAGGCGCGUGCCGCACACGCCCGCAGCGCCAAAAAGACCAGUCAGUAUCAUCGGUUUGAUACCGUAACGCGGCUGAUCUAG